UGCCUUUCGUAUCCUGGCCGUCCUGAGGCAAGCUUUUAAGAAGUUUCUCUAGGAGUGGGACCUCCCCAAUCCUGUUAGAGGGCAGUAAGUGGUCUUUUGAGACCUAUGUGGCCUCUUUAAUGCAUUCUAUCUGCAAACGUUUGUUGAACCCUGCCAUCUGCUAGGUACUGAAGGUGCAAAGAAAGGUAUAUCUUGCCUUCAAGUUGUGCACGGGCUAAUGGGAUAGCAGAUAAAUAAAUGAUGCACUGUUUGAGAUGUUAAAAGAAGCAAAUGCCGAGACUGGGGAGGUGGGGUGGUUGUGACUGUGGUGCUUCAGCCUGGUCCAAGGAAGGCUUCAGAAAGAAGAUGACACUUGAUAGAAGAAACUGUUAAGAGUUUUGCCUUAAAUUAUGAGAAGAGUUAACAUGGAAGAGGUAGGAGAUAAAUGCAGUAAGGAUGCUGUUACUCUUAAUGGAACUGAAAUCUAACAAGUGUUCUCAGGCAACCUCUGGAGGAAUCCAGCACACAUGGAAUAUCUCCAGCCACCCCACAGCACAUCCCCAGAGCUUCAGCUCAAGAGGUCCAGAAAUGCCCUUGGUGUGUUUGAGAGACUUUGAGGCCCAUGCACGGGAGCAGCUGUCUAAGUCAACUUGGGACUUUAUUGAAGGAGGAGCUGAUGAGUGCCUCACGCGGGAUGACAACAUCGCAGCAUUUAAAAAAAUCCGCCUCCGUCCCCGGUACCUGAAAGAUGUGUCAAAGGUGGACACGCGGACCACAAUCCAAGGGGAGGAGAUCAGCACCCCCAUUUGCAUCGCACCCACGGGUUUCCACUGCCUUGCCUGGCCUGAUGGAGAAAUGAGCACAGCCAGAGCUGCGCAAGCAGCCGGUAUCUGUUACAUCACCAGCACGUAUGCCAGCUGUAGCCUUGAAGACAUUGUUGCCACUGCCCCCGGGGGCCUGCGAUGGUUCCAACUGUAUGUGCACCCAAACAGGCAGCUAAACAAACAGCUGAUCCAAAAGGUAGAAUCCCUGGGUUUCAAAGCUCUGGUAAUCACUGUGGAUGUACCCAAAAUUGGCAACAGACGACACAACAUUACAAACCAAGUGGACUUGAUGAAGAACUUACUGCUAAAAGAUCUCGGAUCACCUGAGAAGGGAAGUUUAAUGCCUUAUCUCCAGAUGUCCCCCAUUGACUCAUCCAUCUGCUGGGAUGAUCUCUCCUGGUUUCAGAGCAUGACUCGAUUGCCCAUCAUCCUUAAGGGGAUCUUGACAAAAGAGGAUGCGGAGUUAGCUGUGAAGCACAAUGUCCAUGGCAUCAUUGUUUCCAACCAUGGUGGGAGGCAGCUUGAUGAGGUUCCUGCUUCUAUCGAUGCCUUGACAGAAGUGGUGGCUUCUGUGAAAGGGAAAAUUGAAGUGUACCUGGACGGUGGCAUCCGAACCGGCAAUGAUGUGCUGAAGGCUCUGGCCCUCGGGGCUAAAUGCGUUUUUCUGGGGAGACCCAUCCUAUGGGGUCUUGCCUACAAGGGUGAACAUGGUGUUGAGGAAGUUUUGAACAUUUUAAAAAACGAAUUCCACACUUCCAUGACCCUGACAGGCUGCCGGUCGGUUGCUGAGAUCAGUCGGGACCUGAUCCAGUUCUCCAGGAUGUAGAGAAAGAGAGUGAAGGGACUGACUGCUGAGUUCGCCCACAGGAAGAAGACAAAAUCUUACUAGGGUGUGUGAUGCCAUCCUGCCUCGGUCCCAUCCUGUCCACAGGCUCAUCCCCUGCACCCUCAACCACUCCACCCCAAAUCCCUCAUAUUCCUCAAAUGUGCCGAUGCUCUUCUUUGCCUCACUGCCUUGUAUAUGCUGUUCUCUUGCCUAAAAUCCUCCUCUGAAAGAAGACAUCUUAAAAGGGCAGAUCAAUAAUGACUGAAGUAGCUAGUGGAUUAAAAUUUUUGAAUAUACUACGUUUCUAUGAAACAGCUAUGUAAAUCUGCACUCUAGACAGAAGAGCUAUACAUAUAAAAUAUUCCCCAACAAAAAUUAUACUCCUAUCUGUAGAUAAUAGGGAAAUAAUAUAGUUAAAAGCAUAGGCUUUGGAGUCAUACAGACAUAGGAUUGACAGGACUGUGACUUGGGAAAGUUUUUUGAUCUCUCUGUUCUUCCAUGUCCUUGUCUAUAAAAUGGGGAUUAUACUACCUAGCUCGCUAGGACGGGAGAAAGAUUGAGAUAAUGUAUGUAAAGUUCAGAGUUCUAGUGUGUUUAAGAAAUAGCAGCUUUGGGACUUCCCUGGUGGCACAGUGGUUAAGAAUCCACCUGCCAACGCAGGGGACACAGGUUCGAUCCCUGAUCCUGAAAGAUCCCACAUGCUGCAGAGCAACUAAGCCCGUGUGCCACAACUACUGAGCCUGCUCUCUAGAGCCCGCGAGCCACAACUACUGAGCCCGCGUGCCACAACUACUGAGCCCGCGUGCCACAACUACUGAAGCCCGGAAGCCUAGAGCCCAUGCUCCACAGCAAGGGAAGCCACCACAAUAAGAAGCCUGUGCAUGGCAAUGAAGAGUAGCCCCCGCUCGCUGCAAUUAGAGAAAGGCUGCGUGAAGCAACGAAGACCCAUCACAGCCAAUAAAUAAAUAAAUGUUCCUUUAAAAAAAAUAGUAGCUUUUAUUAUUAUUAUUUGGCAAAUUCCUAUUCAUCUUUCAAGACCUUGUUCAAACGUCACCUAUUCUUACCUGGCUACUUGUUAAGUGUUUCCUAUUGUGUUUUGCACAUUAUACGAUUACAA